UUCAUCUCUGUUGCGGCCUCUGUCACCUGUUGUCACCUGCCCUUUCUGCCCCUCAACUCUGCCCCUGUCAACUUUGUAUUUCUCUCCAGUUUAUCUCUCUUGAGCCCAUCUCUAUCUGGACUCUUUUUAUUUCUGUCUCAACUUUGCUUGUGUUUCUUAACCCUGUGUUUCCCUCUCAGUCUUUACUCUCAUUCAUGGCCUGCGUGUCAGCCCUGCUCUUUGGCCAUCUGUGUUUCUGCCAGUUCUGUGUCUUUCUCUCUUGUUUGUACCUCUCCUAACUGGGUUUGUCUGGGCGGGGCAGGGCAGGCUUGCCCGGACCUCUGAGCCAUGCAAAGUGACUCAUGACCCCGUGAAGCUUCCUGCGCUGGUGACAUUCUCAGUGACUACUCUGCAGUCUAGCCUCAACUCUGACAGGUGUCGCCCAACAUAAGUGUCCGGGUGCAGGAGCUCCUCCUGGCAGGCAAACCGGAGACCAUCUCAGGGCCAAAGUAGCUUGAUAAAUCCUUGCCUUUUCUUACCCAUGGUUUUUAAGACUGCACUCCACUUUAAGCCUCCGUCCACUUACUCCAGGAUGGCCUCCAGGGCUCUCAGGAGCCAAACUCUCUCUGAGUUCUAGCUGCUUAACUAGGCCUGUCUACAGGCAAAGGAAGGGUCAGUCUGAGAGUCUCUGCCCCUUGGGGCUCAUGGAACAGCAGGAUUUCUGGGAAAGCUGUAUGCUUAGUUCAGAGAUUGUGUCAGUAUGUGCAGUUAAAUUAUUAAGAAACCUAGUAAUUCGGGAUUUCAUUCUUUGCUUUACUAAAGUACUCACUGGAGAAAUAAGCCAGACACAUAAGAACAAAUAUCGGAUGAGUUCACUUAUGUGAGAAGUCAGUGAGAUUUUAAUUUGAAACAAAACUGAGAAUGGGUUUCUCUUCCUCAUUCAUCCAUACUGCUUUGUGAUGGCCAUGGCAUAACGGGCUUUUUCCCAGGAAUACAGCUUUGCAUUAGCACUGAACAAGAUUUGUGAUGAAAUGGAGCCUGGAACAAACUCUUUUCGAGUAGAAUUUCCUGAUUUUUCCAGCACCAUUCUGCAGAAACUGAACCAGCAGCGCCAGCAAGGACAAUUAUGUGAUGUCUCCAUUGUUGUCCAAGGCCACAUUUUCCGGGCACAUAAAGCUGUUCUUGCUGCCAGUUCACCCUACUUUUGUGACCAGGUACUCCUGAAAAACAGCAGGAGGAUUGUUUUACCUGAUGUGAUGAACCCAAGGGUAUUUGAGAACAUUCUCUUAUCUAGUUACACAGGACGUCUAGUCAUGCCUGCUCCAGAAAUUGUUAGUUACUUAACAGCAGCAAGCUUCCUCCAGAUGUGGCAUGUGGUAGACAAAUGCACUGAGGUUUUAGAGGGAAACCCUACAGUCCUUUGUCAGAAGCUAAAUCAUGGCAGUGACCACCAGUCUCCAAGCAGCAGUAGUUACAAUGGCCUGGUAGAGAGCUUUGAGCUGGGCUCUGGGGGCCAUGCUGAUUUCCCCAAAGCCCAAGAACUGAGGGAUGGAGAGAAUGAAGAGGAGAGCACCAAAGACGAGCUGUCAUCUCAGCUCACUGAGCACGAAUACCUUCCCAGUAACUCGUCCACAGAGCAUGACCGGCUGAGCACGGAAAUGGCGAGCCAGGAUGGGGAGGAGGGGGCCAGCGACAGUGCCGAGUUCCACUACACCCGGCCCAUGUACAGCAAGCCCAGCAUAAUGGCUCACAAACGCUGGAUCCACGUGAAGCCUGAGCGCUUUGAACAGGCAUGUGAGGGCAUGGAUGUGCACGCACCCUAUGAUGAGCACCAGGUCACUGAAUCCAUCAAUACCAUGCAGACAGAGCACUCGGUCCAGCCUUCAGGAGUAGAGGAAGACUUUCAUGUCGGGGAAAAAAAAGUGGAAGCAGAGUUUGAUGAACAGGCUGAUGAAAGCAAUUAUGAUGAGCAGGUGGAUUUCUAUGGCUCUUCCAUGGAAGAGUUUUCUGGAGAGAGGUCAGAUGGGAAUCUAAUUGGGCACAGACAGGAGGCUGCCCUAGCAUCAGGCUACAGUGAGAAUAUUGAAAUGGUAACAGGGAUUAAAGAAGAAGCUUCCCAUUUAGGAUUCUCAGCCACUGACAAGCUGUAUCCUUGUCAGUGUGGGAAAAGUUUCACUCACAAGAGUCAGAGAGAUCGACACAUGAGCAUGCACCUCGGUCUUCGGCCUUAUGGCUGUGGUGUCUGUGGUAAGAAAUUCAAAAUGAAGCAUCAUCUUGUGGGCCACAUGAAAAUUCAUACAGGCAUAAAGCCGUAUGAGUGUAAUAUCUGUGCAAAGAGAUUUAUGUGGAGGGACAGUUUCCACAGGCAUGUGACUUCUUGUACCAAGUCCUACGAAGCUGCAAAGGCUGAGCAGAAUACGACUGAGGCUAACUAAAAAUAGGAUCUGGCCCUUGAGUGGCAGGCACAAAAAUAAACUAUGGUAAUUAUGCAAAUCUGGGCACAGAUGAUGCGUGCUACUUGCUAUUAUGAGAGGAGCUUAAAAAAAAAUGGAAGAUAUUUCUGAAAGACCAGCUCUAAGUAGGCCAAUUUAAAAAUCUAAUUCCUCAAAUUUGUAUGUUCCUGUCCAGGCCUGGAGUGGGUAAUGGGGAGAAGUUAACCCACCUCCCAGCUGGCGAGGUAAAACUUCAGGCCCGUUGUUGUGAUGGAGGCAGGUGGACUUGGUGAUCGAGACACCUGCACUUGGAACUGGACUCCAGCCUACCAGUUCUGUUUCAGGUGGCAGCAGAUUUUGAUCACUCGUUACAAGGUCAUGUUGGGAUUUUAUUUAGCUCUCACCAUAGAUAACUUAGGUAAUGUGGAUUUGUUUUGGUAGCUGCCUCACUGAAUGAAAUGCUACUUAAUGUAAAAGCUACAAAUAAUGUGAUCCCUAGGAUGCGAAAGUGAUUAACAGCUCUCUGGUUUUAUUUUCUCUAAAGGGUAUUUUAACUAAAAACUAUGGAGAUGCUAAGAGGGUGAUGUUCUAAGUAUAAAACAAAUAACUUACGGUACAAGCUUCAAUUUCUGUUAAGACGCCACUGUCACGAUGUGUUUCAGACUCUUGAUAAGGCAAAGUUUUGUAUUUUAGUACUAACAUUUAGUUUGGACAAUUGUAUCUCAUUGUAAUUCUCUAGGGUGCCAGAGAUAGGUAUUUCUAAUUGGUUUGCUGUCCCAAAUCCUGUUUAAUUAUAGCAUCCACACAGUGGGAUCUGCUCUGUGGCUAGUAGGCGUCUAGCCUGCUUUGACUCUGGCCAUGGUACCAUUGGCUGCUGCAGCCGUUUCUCUCUCAGAUCAUGAUGCUUCAUGAGGUCAGUCAGUGAGCACAGUUAGUGGGAACGAGCCAGAAGUCAUGGCUGAGAGUUACCUGUGCGCGGAAGUUUAUGGAGGGAAUACAGUGACACUCCCAACUGUCAGUGAGAGUUGCUGAGUAGCAGAAUUUUGAGCGGCAGAAGAAAACAACUGCCCAAGCAAAAGGAGUCUUGAAAAUACACUGGUGGGGGAGGUAGUCUUAGCGGGGCACGCUGAGCUAAUGCUGCCAGUUCUUUAGGAGUGCCGGAAUGUGUUUUCAAAGGGGGAAAGAAGGAAUCCUAAUUUUAGAAAGUAGUCUACAGAUUUCAUGCUCCCAAAUUCUAGGUAAAGCUGCAUAAAUUUACAAGUCCACGUAGCUGUACGCACCAGAAACCAGCAAGAAAAGCAGCUGUUCUUUUCGACCUUUUCUGCAGCUCGGGCAGAUGUUUUAGGUUAAAAAGGAAGCCUCUAUUCGGGAUGCUUUCAAGCUGCGUCAGGUACCUGAAGUUCUCACCAGGGUAGGACAGGGUGCUACUCUUAUGUCAGCUUUUCCACAAAUUACUGGUCUUUUACUUCCAAGUGGAAACUUUUUUCCUUAAAAUAAAAAAUAACUCUUCCUGGAUUUGAGGUGAAAUUUUGUUUCAAAAGUUGGGCUUUGCUCCAGUGUGAUAGACAUUGCUGGCAAUGGCCUCUGGUCCUCAAGCUCCAACCACAAAGGCAUCUACUUGUUGAACGUUGUCUGGAAAGGGGAAAGAAAGUACUUAUUUACCAGUUAACUCUUGCAGUCUACAUUACAAAACAGGGAUCUAUUCAUUAACACUGUAUCAUUCUCGAUAUAUAAAAAGCACUUUGUAUUUAAAACUUUAUUAUAAAUAUAUAUAUAUAUAUAUAUUGAUUUUUUUAACCUAGAAACUAGAUAUUACCUCUUGGUUGUUUGCCACAUUAAUACCCUCUUUGUGUCAAAAUUUCACCGGUUAACAGUCCUUUCUCUGCAUACCUGACAGAUGUGUAUAGAGGUGACUGUGCAAGCAGAGCUCAAUUGCUCCUUCUCUUUUGUUUUUUCAUGUUAGAAGCCAAUGGGUUUUAGGGAUGAUCCUAGCCAUUAUGUGUGAGAAGAAAUUCUUUUUUUAUUCCUACUGAUUUCAGUACCAAGGCAGUGAAGCCAUUUUGUUCUGCCAAAAGCUGAUCACCCUCUCCCAUGGUAUUAGCAUAUCAUUUUCUAAGGAUUUGGAAGGUUUGAUGUGGGUUUCCCAUUAAAGAUUAUAUUCAAAUGAGCAUUGGGACAUUUUGGGAGAAGAGUCUGAGAAGUAAAAUCAAAAUACUCUAGAAAAAUCACGGUUCUUCAGUUACGCAGAAAUUAGGACAGCACCUUUGUUAUGAGUAAUGUUGAAGAACUCUUGUUCAGCCAGGAGUGGUGGGCAGCCCUGGGUGGCAAUUUGGGAAGUAGUCAGUUGUGCUGGGACUUACCUCAUGUGUUGUGAAGAAAGGUGUCUUUUAUCGAAAUCCUAAGAAGCUAAGUAUAGAAUUUAAAAGUGUAAGUUCCUCACAUCUGCUGUUUUAAGUUGUUUAUAGUAGUUGGGGUUUCCUUUAAAAUUCGAGUUGCUAAUCGGGUCAGUUAGACCCUGCGAGGUGGUUGGGCAUCUGAAAUGCUGGCCAUGUUCAGAGAAGUGGGGGACAGAGAUUGCCUUAGUUUGGAUAGUGAAAGUGAAUUUUUAUAAACUUUGCUUUUUAGGAUUAGGAGAUUGUACUGGAUUACUACCUUUUCUCUCCUGCCCACUCUGGGUUGGAUAGUCUCUCUCUGUAGCCUCAGUUCAGCUUUAGAAAAUCUUUAUCCUUCCAAAUGAGUUUGGAUAGUUGUGGGUAACAUUUUCCAAACAGUCUUUCAGGGAUCGUGUUGAUGGCCCACAACCAAGGUAUUUGUCCCCUACUUUGAGGCUUAACUGUGGUUCUUCUCCAGUCCCAGUGGGAAAGGGCUUCAAGGCACCAUCAGUGGUAUUUAACAUUAGUAUUUAUACCGUGCCUUUAAUUUUAGAUCUACACAUUACAACAAUCCACUUGGUCAAGUAGGGAUCGCCAUCUAGGGAAGGACUGCGGUAGCCUUUCCUCACGUGCUGAGGGUUACCCUCAGGCGCUCCCGGGCCCCAGCCUAUUGAUUCUGAUUUCUAGAUCUCACCUUCCUCUAAUCCCUUCUGUAGGCCACGGCUUUCAGAGAGUCUACCCAAAAGGGUCUUCUCCAUUCUAGUGGCCGUUUGCUGAACCAAACUGACCCGGCGCUAGCUUCUAGCUGUUUGGGAGAGCUGCUUGGUCUCAGUGACCCUUUCCUGCAGAGGCACGUGCAUCCCCAAACUGCUGCCUAAGUGACAUGGGGGCGGAGCAGAAGCAGCUCAGUUGUGUUUGUCCUGGGGAGGGGGAUUUGCUGCAGCCCCCUGCACGAGGGUGGGGAGGGCUUCAUCACACCAAAUCCAGGAGUUUGUCUUUGUAAAGGUCUCAUUUAGGAAUGCUGGAAACCAAGCAGCAUAUUUACGCCCUUCCCCAAACCUCCAUCUGUGCCACACUAAUUUUGUGAUUUAAUUGCUUUCAUGGGUCGCUAACUUUGUUGAGUAAAACCAGGGUUUGUUUGUUUGGGUUUUUUUCUUUGCUACUUAUAUAUUUAAAGGUACAUGUUUCUUAUUUCAAAUUUCUACUGAUAGUGCCCAAUGGGAAGAUGCUGGAACACGUUUUGCAAAUGUGACUUUUUUUUUUUUUUAGUGUUGCUUGAAGCCUGUGUCCUAUUAUGUCAGUUGCUGCUGCCUUCUUUCCUUUUAUGAGGUUCCCAAUGUUUCUUCCAGAAAAUUACUUUAUUUAUGCAAGUCAGGUGACUCUUAGACCACAAAACCAUUUGAUGAUAAACAGAUUAUCAUUAGGUGCAUAUCUUAUUGAUAUUUUGUGAAAUGUUAUGCCUGUGUUGCAAAAGUUGAAUAGUUUUGUCUUUAUAUAUUGCUGUCUUCAGUGUACAGCAUGGUUUUACUUAAUUGAAUGUUACUGUUUAAUAUUUUCUUCUUAUAGAAGAGACCAUGCCCUUUUGUAUGACAUGUUUUAAUAAAUGUUAUCCGUCAACUUUGUAAAA